UUGUAUGUGUGUAUACUAAACAGAAAGUUAUUGACAAAAAGAAAAAAAUUAAAAUCAUCAUACAAGAUGGUUGCAUAUUAUGAUGAAUUCGAUAAUGUUGAGCAGCCAAAAACCUUAACAUAUUGGGUGCGAAAUUUUCGCAUGAAACGCAUGCAAAUGCGUCGUAAAUUGCGGGGCUCUGGCAGCCUACGCGUGAACGCCAUUUUGUCGACGGCUCUCUUCAAUGCUGAACAUGAGCUGCGCAGAAAGCAGCAGGAACGAUUUAGUCGUUGGCUCGACGUCCAAACGAAAUUUAUUCCCAACGGCAACAAAAUCCACAAUAACAACUACAACGAAAAAUUUCAUCAUGCUUGUGACGUCACGACGGAAACGGAGACGGAAGAAUUUGAACGUCGCAAUGUCGAAAAUAAUUUGUGGCAAAGCGAACUAAGUGGCCUCGACAAAUUUUUAAGCAGUCUAAGCAGCAGCAACAAUAACAACAAUAGCCAUUGCGCCAUUGCAGUGAGCAGUUAGUUAAAAAGAGACAAACAUAUAUACUUGGAUAUAUGAGAAAUGUGUUUAGCUUAAAAAUUCGUCAUGAAUAACUUGUUUAUUAAUUUCUUUGAUAUAUUUGUUAAAUUAGUUUUAUUACGAAAGAAAUUUCUCAU